CGGAAGAGGAGAGGCAACAUUGUGCGUUGAAGCGGCGGUGGGUCUAGGAAACCAUGGACGUAGGCGAGCUUCUGAACUACCAGCCAAACAGGGGCACAAAACGGCCCCGUGAUGAUGAAGAAGAGGAACUGAAGACUCGGCGUAAGCAAGCUGGAACCCGAGAGCGAAAUCGUUAUAGGGAAGAGGAUGGGGCAGCAGUGGAAGAAGCUGAUGAUGACAAAAAGAAGCUUCUUCAGAUGAUUGACAAGGAGGGAGAGGAGGAAGAGGAAGAGGAUGAACCAUUAGAUGAAAGCUCAGUGAAGAAAAUGAUUCUUACAUUUGAGAAGAGGUCCUAUAAAAACCAAGAGCUACGGAUCAAGUUUCCAGACAAUCCUGAGAAGUUUAUGGAGUCUGAACUAGAUUUAAAUGACAUCAUUCAGGAGAUGCAUGUGGUGGCAACCAUGCCAGACCUGUAUCACUUAUUAGUGGAGCUGAAUGCCGUGCAGUCUCUUCUCGGGUUGCUUGGACACGACAAUACAGAUGUGUCCAUAGCUGUGGUUGAUUUGCUGCAGGAAUUAACAGAUAUUGAUACACUCCAUGAGAGUGAAGAGGGAGCUGAGGUGCUCAUCGAUGCUCUGGUGGAUGGUCAGGUGGCAGCUUUGCUUGUUCAGAAUUUAGAGCGACUGGAUGAAUCUGUGAAAGAAGAGGCGGAUGGAGUCCAUAACACACUGGCCAUUGUAGAAAAUAUGGCUGAGUUCCGACCAGAAAUGUGUACAGAAGCUGCCCAACAGGGCCUCAUGCAGUGGUUGCUGAAGAGACUGAAGGCAAAAAUGCCUUUUGAUGCCAACAAGCUUUACUGCAGUGAGGUGCUAGCCAUUCUGCUCCAAGAUAAUGAUGACAACAGGGAAUUGCUUGGGGAACUGGAUGGAAUCGAUGUGCUUCUUCAGCAGUUAUCUGUAUUUAAGAGGCACAAUCCUGGUACAGCAGAAGAGCAAGAAAUGAUGGAGAACUUGUUUGAUUCACUCUGUUCCUGUUUAAUGCUUAGUUCCAAUCGUGAGCGUUUCUUGAAAGGAGAAGGUCUCCAGCUGAUGAAUCUCAUGCUCAGGGAAAAGAAGAUUUCUCGAAGUAGUGCCCUAAAGGUAUUGGAUCAUGCCAUGAUUGGACCUGAGGGUACUGACAACUGCCAUAAAUUUGUUGACAUCUUAGGUUUGCGAACCAUCUUUCCUCUCUUCAUGAAAUCUCCCAAGAAAAUUAAGAAAGUAGGAACCACAGAAAAGGAACAUGAAGAACAUGUCUGCUCAAUCCUGGCCUCCCUUCUGCGGAAUCUAAGAGGGCAGCAACGAACUCGACUGCUAAACAAAUUCACAGAAAAUGAUAGUGAAAAGGUUGACAGACUAAUGGAGUUGCAUUUUAAAUAUCUGGAUGCAAUGCAGGUGGCUGACAAGAAAAUUGAAGGGGAAAAACAUGAUAUGGUACGGCGAGGAGAGAUCAUUGAUGAUGACAUAGAAGAUGAGUUCUAUCUCCGUCGCUUAGAUGCUGGUCUCUUUGUCCUGCAGCACAUCUGUUACAUCAUGGCAGAGAUCUGUAAUGCUAGUGUCCCCCAGAUUCGACAAAGAGUACAUCAGAUCCUGAAUAUGCGUGGAAGCUCUAUCAAGAUUGUCCGACACAUCAUCAAAGAGUAUGCAGAAAACAUUGGUGAUGGGAAGAACCAGGAAUUCCGGGAGAAUGAACAGAAGCGUAUUCUGGAGCUGCUGGAAAAUUUUUAGUCCCAUUCUGCCUUUCCUUUCACCCCUCAGUCUAUGAGCUCUAUGUCUGCUUCUGGGCUCUUCAACCUGAAAUGCCUUUUUUAGAAUGCAAAUUUUAAUUUGGUUUUUGGACGCAUUAAAGUUAGUUUUGGUAUUCCUG